UUGUGUUUCCAAUCUCUCUUACUGGGAGACGAACCGAGCUGAUUAAGGUUGGGUUUCGGAACUCUAAUGGCAAAACACGAGAAUUCUGAUGAAUUGAGCAAAGAUUGGAUAAACCAAAUCCUCACAGACGAUGAGCUUCGAGUAAUCUUAUUGAAGUUACAGAAUAACAAGGAUAAAGAGGGUUUUGGAUUGGUUUGCAAACGAUGGCUUCAUUUGCAGAGUACGGAGAGGAGGAAGCUCUGUGCUCGGGCGGGUCCCUUAAUCCUUCAGAAAAUGGCGGCGAGAUUCACUCGUCUUGUCGAGUUAGAUCUUUCGCAGUCUGUCUCUCGGUCGUUCUAUCCCGGUGUCACCGAUAUUGAUCUUGCCGUUAUUGCCGCUGGGUUUAGUUGGUUGCAGGUUCUCAGUCUACGGAACUGUAAAGGUAUUACAGAUGCUGGAAUGGUAGCACUUGGAAAUGACCUUACCUGUUUACAAUCCUUGGAUGUCUCAUACUGCAGAAAGUUAACAGACAAGGGACUUACAGCCAUAGCUGAGAACUGUGGCCGCUUGAGAAGCUUGCAUCUUUUGGGUUGUAAAUACAUCACUGAUGGACUAUUAACCGUCCUUUCCAAGAAUUGUCAUAACCUAGAAGUGUUGGGACUGGAAGGAUGCAUCAACAUAACCGACUCAGGACUCACAAGUCUUGCUGAUGGUUGUCAACGUAUCAAGGUAUUAGAUGUUAAUAAAUGCAGCAACAUUGGAGAUAUUGGGGUUACUACUGUAUCCAAAGCUUGUACUUCGCUGAGGACUUUGAAGUUACUGGAUUGCUACAAAGUUGGAGAUAAUUCUAUAUUUUCCUUGGCUCACUACUGCAAGAAUCUUGAGACACUUGUUAUUGGGGGCUGUAGGAACAUCUCUAAUGAGUCUAUUAAGAGCCUUGCAUCUGCCUGUCACAAUAGUCUAAAGAAUUUGCGAAUGGAUUGGUGUUUAAAUAUCUCUGAUUCUUCGCUGAGCUGCAUACUAUCCAAAUGUAAAAAUCUAGAGGCCCUUGACAUUGGGUGCUGCGAGGAGGUAUCGGAUACUGCUUUUCAGGCGUUGCGUAGUGGCAGCCAGGACUCAGCUUUGAAGAUUUUGAAGAUCAGUAACUGUCAAAAAAUUACUGUUUUGGGGAUAGGUAUACUUUUAGAGUCUUGCAAAAUGCUGGAGUAUCUUGAUGUGAGGUGUUGCCCACAUGCUACAAAGGUAGGUUGUGAGCAGGCUGGGUUGAGAUUUCCAGAAUUCUGUAAAGUGAAUUUUACAGGCAGUUUAUCCGAACCAGAUGUGGUUAUUUGAAAUUGAAAUCCAUGUGGUUCAGUAACAUGUGAAUUCAUACUAAACAAGACCACCUAGUUAUUGGGGAUUCUGAGAGCACUGCAACAACAGGUGACCAGAGCUUCUGAUAUGUUUUACAAGCCAGAUUUCCUCUAGAAUUUCCUCAUGUUUUAUCUGUUAUUGAUUGAGAGAAGAUUGCCCUCUGGCCUUAUAGUUAUACUGUACAAAAA